AUGAGUGACAAGGUUUUGUUGACAGGAUCUUCAGGGUUCAUUGCUUUGCACAUUUUGGAUCAACUUUUGAGCGCUGGUUACGAAGUUGUUGGAACUGUUCGUUCUGAGUCAAAAGCAGAACCUAUCAAAAAGGAAUUGGCUAGAGAUCACCCAAACGCCAAGUACACAUUCGAGAUUGUUCCUGAUAUCUCAGCACCAAAUGCGUUUGACCAUGUGUUUCAAAAACAUACUGAUUUGAAGUACGUUUUGCACACUGCCUCUCCAUUCUCGUUCGGUCUAGACAAGACCAAUGAGGAAAACUACUUGAUUCCAGCAACUCACGGUACCAAGUCUGCUCUUGAAGGUGUGCAAAAGUAUGGUAAGAAUGUCGAACACGUCGUCAUUACAUCCUCUUUUGCAGCAAUCGUCCAUAGAGAAAAGGGUGGUGAUCCAACCUUUAUCCACACCGAAAAGACCUGGAACCCAGUUACUUGGGAGCAAGCACGCGAAGAUGCCAUUACUUCAUAUGUUGCCUCCAAGAAAUUGGCCGAGGAAUUGGCUUGGAACUUCGUCAAGGAACACAAUUCCACUUUCAAGUUGACCACCGUCAACCCUCCAUACGUUUUCGGUCCUCAAAGAUACUCCUUCGGUUUGGCAAGAGCUUCCCUAAAUACCUCUGCUGACUUUGUUAACAAGGCUUUGAAAACUACUCCAGAUUUUGAAGGCCCAUUCGACCAACCAAGUGGUUUGUCCUGUGACGUCCGUGACGUUGCAAAGCUUCAUAUUCUGCCCUUGGGUAAGCCAGAAUUCAAUGGUCAAAGAUUGUUCCCAGUUAGCGGAACGGGCUACGGCUUGGACAACUACGAAGAUGGUAAGUUUAACUUCGAGAGGAUCUUGCGUACUUUGAAUGAAAAGAUCCCAGAAUUGAAAGGUAAGAUCUCCCCAGGUGGUAUCAAAGACAACAGCGUUGAAAUGGCAAAGAAUACCUACUACAAUAACAGUAUCACAACCAACUUGACCAAACUAAAGUUCUACACUUUUGAUCAAACUGUUGUCGAUGCCGCUAAGCAAAUUUUGGACUUUGAAGCUUCCCAAAAAUAG